AUGAAAUUUGAAAGAGUUGAGGUGGAUAUGAAAUCAAAGACGGCUUGGGUGGAGUCCGGUGCAACUUUGGGCCAACUCUACUCUGCCAUUGCAAACAAGACUUCGCUCUACGGUUUCCCUGCGGGAGUCUGCCGGACAGUAGGCGUGGGGACUUUGAGUGGAGGUGGGCUUGGGUUACUCGCAAGGAAAUAUGGCGUCUCGGCAGACCACGUUAUGGAUGCCUGCUUGUGGACGCCAAUGGCAACUUGGUGGACAGAAAGGGGAUGGGGGAAGAUGUCUUCUGGGCCCUCCGAGGCGGCGGUGGAGGGAGCUGGGGCGUGGACGGGAAACGAUAACGUGACAGAGCUUGUAGAACGAUGGCAAUCUGUUGAACCGUUUGCCCCCGAGGAUCUCUAUAUCCGUGUCUUUGUGUUCGGAGGAAGUCCUGUUAGCCUUAAAUUCAAUGGAAUGUAUUUGGGUCGUUUACCUCAACUCCUCAAACUGCUGAAUGAGAUCUUUCCUGAGAUGGGUCUGGUCGCCGCCGAUUGUAACGAGACAGACUGGAUCGGCUCGGUCAUCUCGACUGCUGUGGCCAACGGAUAUUCUGCCGACCUCCUCAACAGAUAUCUUUCCACCAAAAGGUACUUCAAGAAUAAGUCCGAUUAUGUGAAAAGCGCUAUCUCUUCAUCGGGCCUACAGGAAGCAUGGAAGAUUAUGGAAGAGAAGCCCGACAGCCAAAUGAUAUUGGCUCCCUUUGGAGGCGUAAUGAAUAGGAUACCAUCCACUCGGAUUCCCUUCCCCCAACGAGCAGGCUAUUUAUACGAAAUUCAGUAUGUACUCAACUGUGACGACGGUUCCGAAGAUGCAUAG